UUUAUAGUGUUUACUUCUCUAACAGGCGGAAAACAACACGUACUACUGAUUCGAAGCCAACUUGGCAACAUAAGUUCUUGGUAAUGUUGAAAGCCGUAAUCUUAGUAGGAGGACCUCAAAAAGGAACUCGUUUUCGCCCGCUUUCUUUAGACACACCUAAGCCUUUAUUUCCAGUUGCCGGACGACCUAUCAUUCAGCAUCACAUAGAGGCAUGUCUGCGUGUUCCAGAGCUAAAAGAAAUUCUAAUUAUUGGCUAUUAUUCUCAACUUCAAAUGGAGAACUUUGUCAGUGAUAUGCAAAAUCUUUACAAUAUUAAUAUAAGAUAUUUGCAAGAGUUUACUUCAUUAGGCACUGCAGGCGGCAUGUACCACUUUCGUGAUCAAAUACGUUCAGGAAAUCCUCGUGCUUUUUUUGUACUAAAUGGCGACGUAUGCGCUGAUUUCCCACUGCUAGAUUUAUAUGCAUUUCAUAGACAGAGAGUCGAUACGGCUUUGGUGACCAUUAUGAGCACUGAGGCAACACGACAACAAUCGCUACAUUAUGGAUGCCUGGUAUUUGAUCGUAAUAGCGGUGUUGUAUCGCAUUAUGUAGAGAAGCCUAGUUCAUACGUGUCAACCUUUAUUAAUUGUGGUGUCUACGUGUGCUCCGUAGAUAUAUUUUCUCAUCUUGCUGAUGUGUUUUAUUCGAGGGGUCAGGAAUAUUUAUGCCCGAGUAUGACUAAUGGAGGAGGUAACGGCAAAGAUCAAGGACACAUACAAUGGGAGCAAGAGGUUUUGACGCCGCUUGCUGGUACUAAUAAACUCUAUGCAAUGCCAGUGCCUAACUGGUGGUCACAAUUAAAAACCGCCGGCUCUGCUAUUUAUGCAAAUCGUCAUUAUUUAGAACUAUACAAAAAUACUCAUCCGGAAAGGUUAGCCAAUUUUGGAGUGAAACGUAAUGAGUAUGAUUCUAAUUUAAUUUGUACAAUAUAUCCGGACGUUUAUGUACAUCCGAGUGCUACAGUCCAUCAUAGUGCAACACUUGGCCCAAAUGUAUCGAUAGGACCGGGUGUGACCAUCGGACCCGGCGUUCGAAUUCGAGAAUCAAUAAUACUUGAAAAUGCAGUCAUAAAGGAUCAUACACUAGUAUUGCAUUCGAUUGUAGGUCGAGGGUCUACUAUUGGACAGUGGUCACGAGUAGAAGGCACUCCGUCUGACCCUGAUCCAAAUAAGCCAUUCGCUAAAAUGGAAAACCCACCGCUUUUCAACAAGGAGGGCAAACUUAAUCCUUCCAUAACUAUAUUGGGCUGUUUUGUACAGGUUCCAUCUGAGAAGAUCUUAUUGAACAGCAUUGUUUUGCCGCACAAGGAGUUAUCUAGAAGUUUCAAGAAUGAAAUAAUUUUAUAAAAUUUUAAACAAUUUAGAACUUAUAUAUGUGCACAUAUUAAAUAUUCUUUUUUUUAGUUGUAUUCAACUAGCGAAAAAAGUUCAAAUUCAAAUUAGUAGCACAUUUGUAUUUUAAUAUGUAUUACGAAUGCUAUUGUGGAUAUCAAUUUACAUAUAUCUGCAGAUGCACACAUUUGUACAUUGUGUAAUUUUUUAAAUACAUACAUAUCUAGUUACAAAUAGCAUAUUUUUGAAAUAAAUCCUACGAGUUGAGUAUUUAUUAUUA